CCGAUAUAUCCACGAAUGAAGGGCCAAGACUCCUUCAAUUAACACAAAAUCUUUAAUAAAUGUUCAUCUUUAGAUCGCUCAUGGGGAUUUGAUGAACCCAUCUUCCACGUGUUCAUCAACCCCUUAAUAUCUUCAACACCCUCCUUCCAAGCUUCACAAUCAAAGAACUUCUCUACAUUUUCAAUAUUUUCCAAUGGAUUCUCUGCGUGUGCUCAAUUGUUACUCUGCCACCAAGAAUCCAUCUCCUUUAGAAACCCAGUCCGCAAGGGAAUUCAGAUUCCUCCGUCACCAUAACCAGCAAAGAACUUUUCGGGUUGUGGGUUUCUUGAAGCCAAGAGUAACUCCUCAUCGUAGCCAUUAUUUGGGAUUUCAACAUAAAUCUUCUCCCAUCGUUCGUGCCGUGUCGACCCAAACCAGAGAAGAAGAAACCGGUGAAACAGGAAUGAAGUCAAAGACAUCUCAUGGAAAGGUCAACCUGACUCUCCGGCUAGACCAUCAAGUCAAAUUUGGUGAACACGUUGGAGUCUUGGGGUCCACAAAAGAAUUCGGAUCAUGGAAAAAGAAGAAGCAAUUGAAUUGGACAGAAACCGGUUGGAUUUGUGACAUGGAAUGUAAAGGUGGAGAAACUUAUGAAUUCAAAUUUGUAGUUGAACAAAUGGACAAGAGUAUGAUUUGGGAAGGUGGUGAAAAUCGUGUCUUGAAGUUGCCAAAAUCUGGUAGUUUUGAGAUGAUUUGUCAUUGGAAUAUGACCAAUGAGCCCAUAAAUUUGUUGCCUAUUGAUGGAAAAGAAUAUGAGGUGGAAGUGGAAAGUAUAAAUGAAACUCAAGAUAAUAAUGAUUCUUCAAAUAUAGAUCCUACAACAAGUCCUUUUGUGGAAAAAUGGCAAGGGAAUGAAGCAUCAUUCAUGCAAUCAAAUGAACAUGGGAAUAGAGAAAGACAAAGACAUUGGGAUACUUCAGGGCUUCAAGGAGUGGCAUUAAAGUUAGUUGAAGGUGACAAAAAUGGAAGAAAUUGGUGGAGAAAGCUUGAAGUUAUUCGUGACCUUGUGGUUGAAAGUAUGGAUGGUGUGGAUCGUUUGGAUGCUCUCAUAUAUUCAGCUAUCUAUCUCAAGUGGAUUAAUACUGGACAAAUUCCUUGCUUUGAAGAUGGAGGUCAUCAUAGGCCAAAUAGACAUGCUGAAAUUUCAAGACUUAUAUUUAGGGAAUUGGAAAGAAUAUCUAGUAGAAAAGACACUUCACCACAGGAGUUGCUUGUAAUACGAAAAAUUCAUCCAUGUUUACCCUCUUUCAAAGCAGAAUUCACAGCUUCUGUUCCUUUAACUCGAAUUAGAGAUAUUGCUCACAGAAAUGAUAUUCCACAUAACCUCAAGCAAGAAAUCAAACAUACGAUACAAAACAAGCUUCACAGAUGUGCUGGACCUGAAGAUUUAAUUGCUACUGCUGCAAUGCUUGAAAGAAUCACUAAAAAUCCAGGAGAAUACAAUGAAGCAUUUGUUGAGCAGUUUAAAAUAUUUCAUCAUGAACUCAAGGAUUUCUUUAAUGCUGGAAGCCUUACUGAACAACUUGAAUCUAUUAAAGAAUCAUUUGAUGAAAAGGGAAAAGAAAAGCUCUCAUCAUUCUUGGAUUGCAAAAAGGCAUUGGAUAAUUUUCAAGGAACACCCGAAGUUUCAAAAGGAAAUGGAGUAGAAAUAUUGAUGAAUACAAUAAAAUCAUUAAAUAGUCUUAGAGAAAUAGUUACAAAAGGUCUUGAAAGUGGUAUCCGAAAUGAUGCCCCCGAUACUGCAAUCGCAAUGCGCCAAAAGUGGCGCCUUGUGGAGAUUGGACUUGAGGACUAUGCGUUUGUUCUCAUGAGCAGAUAUUUGAAUGCACUUGAAGCUGGUGGUGGGGCCCAAUGGCUUGGAGAGAAUGUGAAUUCAAAAAAUGUUGACUCAUGGAUUGACCCGAUAAAUGCUCUUGUUGUGGGCAUUCGCCAGCUAGGAUUAUCCGGGUGGAAAUUACAAGAAUGUAAAGCAAUUGAAAGUGAACUUCUUGCUUGGAAAGAAAGAGGUUUAUCAGAAAAAGAAGGUAGUGAAGAUGGGAAAACAAUUUGGGCUUUAAGGAUUAAAGCUACAUUAGAUAGAUCAAAAAGACUCAUUGAUGAAUACUCCGAAGCACUUCUUCAAAUUUUCCCUCUAAAAGUAGAGAUAUUGGGAAAAGCUCUUGGAAUUCCUGAAAAUAGUGUACGAACAUUCACAGAAGCAGAGAUUCGAUCUGGAAUAAUUUUUCAAGUUUCCAAACUUUGCACGAUGCUUUUAAAAGCAGUUAGAACUACACUCGGGUCUCAAGGUUUUGACGUUCUUGUCCCUGGAUUGGCUCAUGGAACAUUAAUACAGGUUGAAAAAAUAAUACCGGGUAUACUUCCAUCAUCUGUUACAGGACCUGUUAUUCUUAUGGUCAGCAAAGCUGAUGGGGAUGAGGAGGUGACAGCUGCAGGGAGUAAUAUUGUGGGAGUGAUUCUACUCCAGGAGUUGCCUCAUUUGUCACAUCUUGGUGUGCGGGCCCGACAAGAGAAAGUUGCAUUUGUGACGUGUGAAGAUGAUGAUAAAAUCGCUAGUAUCAAAAAGCUGGAGGGGAAAUAUGUUAGGUUAGAAGCAUCCCCAUCGGGAGUCAAUGUGAUUCAAUCCUCAGUAGAGGACGGAAUUAGGGCUCGCCCUGUGGAAGCUUCAUCAAAUGGGACUCCAAAAGAUUCUGUUUCCAAAUCCAUCUACACAAGUCAGGGUAUUUCAAAGGCCGGAAUCAUACAACUUGCAAAUGCAGAUGUAUUAACUUCUGGUGCAAAGGCAGCUGCCUGUGGUAGCUUAGCUUCUCUAGCUUCGGUUUCUGCUAAAGUUUAUAGCGAUCAAGGAGUUCCUGCAGCUUUUAAUGUCCCAAAUGGAGCAGUGAUUCCUUUCGGCACUAUGGAACUCGCAAUAGAAGAAAACAAAUCAAAAGAAGCAUUUGAAUCAUUAUUAGAACAGCUCGAAACAGCAAAAAUGGAAGGUGGAGAUCUUGACAAGCUCUGCAACGAGCUUCAAAUUUUGAUCGCCUCCUUGAAGCUUCCGAAUCGAAUCCUUGAAAGUUUGGGAGAAUUGUUCGAGGGAAACGCACGUUUAAUCGUAAGAUCAAGUGCUAACGUCGAGGAUUUGGCGGGAAUGUCGGCGGCGGGGCUAUACGAUUCAAUCCCUAAUGUCACGCUUUCAAAUCCGGUCAAUUUUGGGAACGCAGUUAGUCGGGUUUGGGCGUCUUUAUACACGCGAAGAGCGGUUUUGAGCCGGAGAGUCGCCGGCGUGCCACAAAAAGCGGCGACGAUGGCGGUUUUGGUUCAGGAGAUGCUUUCGCCGGAUCUCUCGUUUGUGCUGCACACGGUCAGCCCGACGGACAACGAUUGUAACUUGGUUGAAGCCGAGAUCGCGCCUGGACUCGGUGAGACGCUAGCCUCUGGCACCAGAGGAACGCCGUGGCGGAUCUCUUCUGGGAAGUUUGACGGGGUGGUGAGGACGCUGGCGUUUGCGAAUUUCAGUGAGGAGAUGGUGGUGGGUGGUGUGGCGGAUGGGGAGGUGCUCCGGUUGACGGUUGACUAUAGUAAGAAGCCGUUGACGGUGAAUUCGGUUUUCCGGCAACAAUUAGGGCAGAAGCUUGGGUCUGUGGGGUUGUUUCUUGAACGGAAGUUUGGGUGUGCGCAGGAUGUUGAAGGAUGCUUGGUGGGUAAAGAUGUGUUUAUUGUGCAGACUCGACCUCAACCGUUGUAAUGAGUUGUACUUUAUGGUUUGGAGAGUGGAGAUUCGACCUCAAAUGCUGUAACAACUUGUACUUUAGUUGUGAUUAUGAUGUUAGAAAACCAUAAUGUUGAUGUAGAAUAAGCACAAUGUGUGUAAAAAAAUAUCACAUUGACCUUAAUAAAUGA